UUGGAUGAUGAUCCUGAAAUUGAUACUGGUGAUGAUGAUGAUGACGAUGAUGAUGAUGAUGGUGGUGGCGGUGGCGGUUGUCAUGCUGAUCCUGACGAGAAGGAAGCUAAUUAUAUUGUUUUUGUCUUUGACGCUACUGUAGUUAUUGUUGCUGAUGAUUAUUAUUCCUAUGUAAGACUGAAAAAAAUGGUUUCUCAUUACUUCUGA